AUGACCAGCCUGGGCAGUGACAGCGGCAGUUACAUCACAGAUGAUAAUGGAUUGCCUAUAAAACACAAAUACUCCAAAAUUGGAGGGUGUAGCAUUUGUUUGCAAGGGAAACAACCUGUUGUCAACUGGUCAGAGUUACUUCCCCCACCACCUGAAAACCUUCCUUCAGUGAGUGAGCUUGGAUCGCCCAUGGACUAUUCUGGGGAAUCUACCUUCCAGUGCCAUAUUAACAAUCAUAAUAACAACAACAGCUGUAUGAUUGACCCCAGGUACACGGACAGUCUGGUUUCUUCACUGUCUAAACUGUCUGCCUGCUCCUGUCCCAUUCCACACGACAGUGUUUUCCCACACCAACAUGCAAAAAUCCCCUACUCUGAUUUUGACUACCCAACGCAUCCAGGUCUGUCACACCGCUACCACGAUCUGGCUGGGAUCUAUCAAGAUGGUAGCGGGCCCAGCUGUGGCAGUGCCCACAACUCUGACAGACCUUACUCACCGAAACUGCCAAGUUUGUUAAGAUCCCAGCAUGCAGACUCUUUACUGCAUCGAUGCCCAUCGCCGAGGUCAUGCCAUAGCUGCAAUAAUAGUGUACAGCCAUCGUCAGGGCUUCAGAUAAUGCCGUCGUCCUCAUCGUCAGCUUCAUCGUAUGGCUCUAAUUAUCAUCACCUGGCUCAUCAACCACUGCACACGGGCAUGUUUGGAUCAGCCAAUCAAAGUUCCUCUGGAGCUGAAAAUUACAACGAUUCCAAGGUGAAGGCCUCGUCCCAGAUGUGUGGUAUGCAUCCUCAAGGACAAGUUUCCUCUGCCUUCACACAAACUGGACAAGGAGGACAGGUUUCUUACAACGGCAGUUAUCCAUACACGCCGGUGGCCCUGCAUGGAUAUCGGAUGCCAUCCAUGGAACCUGAACAUCCACGAAAUUCCUGUGAGUUUGAUCAGUUUACAGGUCAAGUACAUCCGUCUGGGAUCACAGAUCACGAAGGAUCUCAGAUGUUCUGCCCCACAAGGGAUGUUCUAGUGGCACAGUUUAGAGGAGGGUGA